UAAAAAAUAAAAAUAAAAAUCUCAAAGAGGUAAGUGUAAUUUAUCCUAGAUGUUUAAUUUAUAAUUUUUUUUUUAAAAAAAAAAGUGCAGCUAUACGCGGCCAAUGCUUACCUUUUUGGAGUCAAAACUUUGAUUGAAAUCAGCCAGCGCCACCCAAGUGUUCGUUAUUUCCUCGCCUUCCGCACCUCUCUCUCUCUCUCUCUCUCCUAGAAUCAAUCCGACCAUCCUCAAUCUUUCCUUUCCCAACUCUUCCCCCAAACCUUCCCCCAAACCUCCCACUUUCUCUCUCCCUCAACCCCUCCAUUUUCUUUUCCAUUUUUUCUCUCCCACCACCACCUCCAUCAUCAUCAACAUGAACUACUUUCUGGGUUUCGAUUUUGAAUGACCCAAAUCAACACACAACCCACAAAAAUGGUGAUUCGGAGUAAGUUGAGGUUGGUGUUGGGUUUGGUAUGAGGAGGGAUCGAAUCUUUGUCAUAUGGCAUUUGGGUUUUCUGUCAUGACUCGUUUCGCCUCUAAUUCAUCACCAUCCUCUUCUUCUUCUUCUUCAUCAUCGUCAUCGUCAUCGUCAUCAGCAUCGAGCUCUUUGGAUCUCGAUGUUGCUCCUUCCAAAUGUCGGUCCCAAUUUCGAUCGACAUUCGACCCUUAUUCCAUUGCUUCCGAGACCAUUGUCUCCGAUCACCCCUGUUGUAUUCAGUUCGGAGUCCUUUGAUUAGGCUUUGGACCCAGAUCUUCUCUCUCUUCUUCUUCCUCUUCUUCUUCUUCUUCUCUUUCUUCUUCUUGGUAGCUCUUCGGUUACUCGCCGGAAUGAUGAAUUCCGGUACUGGGUUGUUGGGUUUGUCUCAUUCUGGCUCUGGUUCUGCAGAGCCUCCUUCUACUCCUAAAUCUGAUGGUGCUGACUAUGUAGAGAAAGAUCCCCGGGGUCGAUACGUUCGGUAUAAUGAAGUCUUGGGCAGGGGUGCAUUCAAGACUGUCUACAAGGGUUUUGAUGAAAUUGAUGGAAUAGAAGUAGCUUGGAACCGUGUGAGGAUUGAUGACAUGUUGCAGUCGCCAGAGGAUUUGGAAAAACUGUAUUCCGAAGUUCAUCUUCUUAAAGCAUUGAAACAUGAAAAUAUCAUCAAGUUCUACGAUUCAUGGAUUGAUGAUAAGAAAAAGACGAUCAACAUGAUCACUGAACUCUUCACAUCUGGUAGUCUGAGGCAAUUUCGUAAGAAGCAUAAAAAUGUUGAUAUGAAGGCUAUAAAGAAUUGGGCAAGGCAGAUUCUCCGAGGUUUAGACUAUCUUCAUAGUCAGAACCCACCAAUUGUUCAUCGGGACUUAAAAUGUGACAAUAUAUUUGUUAAUGGAAACCAUGGAGAAAUUAAAAUCGGAGACCUUGGAUUGGCAACUGUUAUGCAGCAGCCUACUGCUAAGAGUGUUAUUGGAACUCCUGAAUUUAUGGCUCCGGAGCUGUACGAGGAGGAAUAUAAUGAACUGGUGGAUAUAUAUUCUUUUGGAAUGUGCAUGUUGGAAAUGGUUACUUUUGAGUAUCCUUAUAGUGAGUGCAAAAAUCCAGCACAAAUCUAUAAAAAGGUUACCUCUGGAAUUAAACCUGCGUCCCUUGGCAAGGUGAAUGAUCCUGAAGUUAGGAAAUUCAUCGAGAAAUGUCUGGUUCCGGCGCCUCAAAGGUUGCCUGCUAAGGAACUUCUUAAAGAUCCAUUUCUUCAUUGUGAGACUCUAAAGGAGCCCGUUCGUGACCCAUUAAAGUUGCCCAACCAACUUUCUCGAUCAUUAAGUUUGUUGAACUCCGAACCCCAUUCCAUGGAUAUUGAUCCUGAAUAUAACAACUCUGUAUGUACAGACUCCAACAGCGGGAGUCCACGUAAUCCAGUCGUAGAAUUCAAGAGGAUGCAUCAGAACAAUGAAUUUAGGUUGAGGGGGGUAAAAAAUGAUGACAACUCAGUGUCGUUGACCUUGCGAAUUGCAGACUCGGGUGGCCGAGUAAGGAAUAUACACUUUUUAUUCUACCUCGAUUCUGACACUGCACUCUCGGUUGCGGGCGAGAUGGUUGAACAACUAGAGUUAGCAGAUCAUGAGGUGGCGUUCAUUGCCGAGUUCAUUGACUACUUAAUAAUGAGAAUUCGACCCGGUUGGAAACCUUCAUCAGAUUACAGUAUGAGUGGAAUGAAAAGUCCAUGUGUACCGUCUUCACCAAUAAACGCCAAUGAACCAAAACCAAUUGAAAAUCCAUGGGAUACAAUGCUAACAUUUCGUGCUUCACCCCAAUUAAUGGAGUUGAAAAUUAAUACUCAACAAGGUCGAGCUCAAAGUGUUCAAGCUGGGGAAGAUAGCUCGCAUAAGAACUCUGAUUGUUCUAGUCCUAAUGCUGAUCUUCAAAGUUCUCCGAGUUUGGCACAUUUGGAAGACGACGAAUCACAAGCUUCAGCUUCUUUUGGGGUAAUGGCUGAAGAUGCUCCAACAAAGAACGAUAAAAUGGGUGGAUCUAUCGACUAUGGAAUCGAUGAAAGCUCCAAAGGAUUUAGUGGGUAUGAGACUGAGAUAGAGUUCAGGGAUUUUUACUAUGAAAACUCACAGGGAAAUGAUAGUGCUGGAGACUUGACACUGUUGAAUGAAUUUGCAAAGAGCUCAGAAUUGUCCUCCUUUCUUGAUUUUGGAACUUCUAAAGUUAUGAGGUUUACAAGCUGUUGGUCAUCUCUGUCCUUGUCGGAGAAAGAUCAGGAUGUUGAGCUGAAGUUGGAGCUCGAAGCAAUUGAAACACAAUAUCAGCAAUGGUACCGAGACCUCUCGAGGAUGAGGGAGGAAGCGAUUGAGGCAACUAGGAAGAGAUGGAUGAUCAAAAAGAAGCUGGCUGUUCACUGAAAAAUAAGAACUUGUUAUUAGCUUUCUGAAUUCAUUUAUUGAUUUGGGCUGUGAAGUGAAUUUUUGCUUUUUCAUUGUCUGCAACUUGCUUCAACCUUCUUAUAUAUGGGUUUGUAAGUUUAUUGUUUGGAAAACAUUCCUGUACUGGAUGUUGCUUGUUUCUGUUGCACUCAUGAUUUCUGUGAAUUCCUUUUAUGUACUUGGGAAGGGAAGAUCAAGUUGAUUACCUA